AUGAAUGUACAGGCAAAGAUGAGAACCGACAAAGGUGAAGAAGCUACGUAUAGUGAUGCUGAAGCUGGUGUAACUGGAGAUGUUAGGACGAAGGGUGGUGAGGUUGAAGUGGGUAACAUUGGAGAUGGUCAUGCUGAAGAUGGUCCAGUCGGGGGUGGUCCAGUCGAAGGCGGCCUAAGCGAAGAUGAUCCAGUCGACAGUAGCGAAGUUGAAGGGGAAGAGGCGAACGAUCUUGGGGCGAAGGAUGGACAGGCUGAAGCGGAUGGCACCAGAGAUGCUGAAGUUGGAGAUGGCGGCGCCGAAAGUGACCCGACCGAAAGUGGCGAAGGUGAAGCGAUUGACACCGGAGAUGCUGAGACAGGAGAUGGUGAAGUCGAAAAUGGUUCAGUCGGAGCUGGUGGCGCGAAGCCCACUGAUAGGGACGGCGUUCAAGCUUCUAGCCAGAAGAGAAAUGGCCCGUCAACUCGAGGUACUAAGACCUCUGGUCGAGCUCGGAAAAGGGCCAAGAGAGGUACAUAA